AGAGCUGUUUUAGCUGAGCUGGCUGUUGGGCUGUUUUGAGUUCCUGUCGACGACUUUCUCUGAGUGGGAGCAGUCUCUAAAAACCAGGAAGAUUAACACUUCGAGUGGGAAGCGUGUUGAAACAGUAUCAUAUCCACAUUUCACACCAGCUGUGUUGAGCUUUUAGCAAAAAAGGAGUUUCAGCUCUGUGGAAGCGACGCCGAAAUGGACCCCGCCAGUCAAGAUAUCAACCUGAACUCUCCUCACAAGGGCCUCGUUGCAGAGAAUUCAGCCGUCCUGUCUGACGUUCAGGUGGAGGGAGUGGUGGAAGGAGCGGUGGAAGGAGCAGGAGCAAAUGCAUUGAACCCUCUCCCCCCCGGCCUGACGGAGGAGGAGGCUGAGGAGCUCCGCACAGAGCUCACCAAGGUGGAAGAGGAGAUCAACACCCUGCGUCAGGUUUUGUCGGCCAAAGAGAGACACGCCCAAGAGCUGAAGAGGAAACUCGGCCUCAGCCCGCUCAACGAACUCAAGCAGAACAUCACCAAGAGCUGGGCGGACGUACAGACCUCCAACGCCUUUGUGAAAACCACUGAGAAACUGGGCGAGUGGAAUGAGAAAGUUACCAACUUGGAACUAUAUCUGUCUGCCUCAGCCACUUUGGAUGACAUUUCCCGCUCUGAAGCAUACAAGAAGACUCAGGAGACUCUCUCCCAGGCGGGACAGAAGACCAGUGCAGCUCUCUCCACAGUGGGCACGGUCCUCAGCAGGCGACUGGGCGACAUGAGUAGCAACUAUUCCAUUCGCCACUCGAUAAGUAUGCCCGCCAUGAGGAACUCUGCGACCUUCAAGUCCUUUGAGGACAGAGUGGGGACCCUGAAGACUAAGGUUGUCGGCCCCAGAGGAAACGGGGAGCCCGUCACCCCCACUGACACCACCCCCACUCAGGAGAACCCGCCUUUCUGAAUGCAUCCCUCCUCCUCCUCGCUGCCACCUUCCUCACGACCUGAGACUGUACUGUUAACACCUCACAUUGCUGACCUUCGACCCUCCACCGCACCAACUCCACUCUCUUUGCCCUGAGGUCUGUCAGCGCAGACGGGCGGGGGGGGGCAGGACUCGUGGGGUUGAGGUGGGACGAGCUUCCCAUCGCUGCUGGUCCCACGGCCUCCAUUCCCCCGCCUCGCUGCGGAGGGAAAGGAAAAUGUUUUGUUGAUGUCUAAACCUGAAUCAUUUACAUCUUCACCCUAUUAAGACCCACAUUUGUUAGCUCAAAUAAGUUGUCAGACACCUUUUUUUCAAACAGGUUGCUUCUGCAAAUCACCUGGCUUACAAAAAGGCAUUAUUAAGAUGUCAGGCUCUUCAACUAAAUGAGAAACUUCACAUUUCAUUCUUAGAUGCAUCUCUGCAGCAGUAUCCAAAAUCACAGAGUUUAAGAAGCAGGACAUCUUUAGACUGAGGGUGGAGGAGCAUUUUACGGGCAUACCUAAGAUGGUGGCGUAUACUGCUACUAUUUCUGUCUUCUCGUUUCUGACUACUAUCGUGUACUUUAAAUCAUGCAUUCACACUGUGAUCACAUGCUAGUGUCACCACAGUAUCCCUCACCUUCUUUCAAACUUGUACAGUUACCUUCACGACCCGCAGUGUGAACGCAGGCUACACUCGCAGGUCAGCGUGCACACACCCCCCCCCCCCUCCCCACACUUUAGACCUUUUACUGCUACAUGCAUGUGCAUCUCAUCUCAGUUGUACCAUACCGACCAAGCAAAGAAGACCCUUAAAAACACACACACGCAGGAUGUAAAAACAAAAAAUAAACCGUAAACCAUUUUGUAUUACAAACUAUUUUACACUGCUUUGCAUAAUGUUUUUACAUAACUUUUAUCAAUAUGUAUAAAUAUAUAUGAAUAAAUAUAUUGUCACUGAUACUGCCGUAUGGUGGAAAUCAGGUUGGGGGGGUUUAGGCAACAAAUAAAUGCCAGAGGAGGAGGAACACACUUAAAACAAACACUAUGGGUCAGUUUCACAGGCGUGAGUUAUUGUCAGUCAGGAGGUUUUUCUUCUUUAAACACGUUUUAAAUGUUUGUGAAACUGACCCAUUAACAAGCUGCAGUCUACUAAUCAGACGAGAAGGAACAUAAUCAAACCGGUUUCAUUUAACAACAUGAAUCUGGAUGCUAGCAGGAUGCUAGCGUCGUGAUUUGCAAGUGAAACUAAGACCUCCGGUCGGAAGUGAAACUACCUUGACUGUGUUUCUUCUCUGCUCUGGUGUGACCGCUGUUCCCUUCCUGUUAACACACAGAACUCAAUGUGAGACGAUGCUUUGCUCUGUACACUACCUGGUGAAUGUCAACGCUUCUCUAUCGGCCUUAUUCACUUUAAAUGGUUCACCUGUUAUUAUAAGUUAGCUGGUAGAAAAGAGAUGUUUUUUUUUUCUUUCUUUGUGUUCCUUUUUUUUAUUAAAUUGUACAGACUGGUUGUAAUGAAGGAAGGGGAGUAAGGGUUGUUUAGAGUCCGAUGGGCCACAAAAUGUGUCAUGAAAAAAUCUAGCUGCCAUAGAAGGAACUUUGCCAACAACCCCUUAAUGCACUCCUGUUAACAUACUAAAUGCUACUAAAUGCCACACACACUGUGCAUUAAGCCAAACUCACACACACUCUUUGUACCAAAUCACUGUUGCUCUGAUUGGUUUGCCCCUGAAGGUAUAAAGCCGAAGCUCUUACAAACUGCACGUCCUCAGAAACGGUGGCAUUAAACCUGAAAGCGCAGAGAUGUGCAGCACUGUCACUUUUCUCCUAAAAACAAGAAAGUUGUGGGUGUUUUUUUUCAAUAAAGUUGCAGAUUCAAAGGCAACAAUGCCUCUGGAGGUUUGACAAAAUGUAACACUCCUAUUAGUUAAAGUUCCAAGCCAAAGAGACGGGGCAACUCAAUUAAAAUUGCCAACAUUAGUCUGAAAUUGUAAGUCAAUCUCAAGUUGUUGUUGAGGAUGAUCAUGUAAAAAUGUUCUCAAGGGAAUUAAGAUUUUUCCAUGUUGCCAAAAAAUUGUAGAAAUGGUUUCUCUGGUAUCCUCACUGCAAUGUCUCAAGUAAUCAUGUGUAGACACAUUUUAUUGAGCUGGUAAAAAAGGUUAAUUCUGAGCUCUUAUAUACCGUAAUAUUUUGGAAAUCAUUCAAGGAUUCACGACAAAACUUCCCAGCUUGUAGUCUAACAAAAAGAGCAGACAUUGUUUUUAAAAGACAUAGAAACAGUUCUCGGUGAAGGAGCUGGGCUUCAAAGAACAAACAUUAAAUAAAAAUAUACAAACUGCUUGUAAGCAAAACUUUCGGCUUCAAAACUGCUGCCAGUUUAUCUUAAAUGUUUUUCAUUGUUUUGUGUGUUGCUCAUUUGGUAGGUCAUAUAUUACUGUUGGGUGAUUUUCUGUUUUCUUGUGGCUUUCCUUCUGUUUGGAGCGGUGUACUCUAAGGGAGGAUUUGUUAUUUGUACAAAUUAUUUGCCAUCAGUUAAAAAACAAGUUGCCAAUAUUUAAAUAUCUGUUACAAAGAUCUUUCUCUUUCUGCCUCUGAAUAUCUGGAGUCUCUGACUUUCUGCCUCGCCAAGAUACAAAAUGUCGUUGCACACUAUAAGAAAUAUUUAUCUCAAGUCAUUUACUACAGGAUUUACACAUAACAUCAUAUUUUUCAUGAAGAAAGUAGAGAGCAUACUUGAUGCUCCCUGUUGGGCAAUGAUCCCACUUUGUAUAGGAAAAAUAAAUUUUUAAAUAAAUCCUAAAUUAAUUGACUUGAGAUGCUUUUGUUUUUUUUACAGUGUAGCUGUUGCCUGUUUAUUGCUGCAUUCAGUUUUGUGAGCCUGACGGAAAAUGAUGAUCUUUUGUUUUGGGUGCCAAUGGGAAGUGCAGCACAUGACGAGCAUGCUCGGAGAGGACAGUAGACUUAUAGCUUUAUUUAGGUCCUGGGCCUAGCUGAUGUAGAAUAUGGAAAGGGAUCAGAUUUGGAAAAAUAUGGUGAAUUAAUUAAAAAACAUUUGGUUUUGUUGUAUAUGUUUGGAUAUCAAUAAAGCAUUCCUUUAAAUGAA